AUGGGCAGCCCGGCGCGGUCCGGCUUCCCCGCGCGCAUGAACAGCCGCCUGGACGCGUUCCUGCGGAGGCGUCUGGCGCCCGAGGUCUACGACGCCAUCCGCGCCUACGAGCCUUGUGUUGUGGUGUCCGACUCGGAGAACCACACCUUCAAGUACGUGGUGCUCAGCGACCGUCUCAUCUACCUGACCGAGAACCCGCCCAAGUCCAUCCGACGAGCCGUGGCGCUGCGGGACGUGGUGGCCAUUGAGCUGAUUGAUGAUUACCCAGAAUUUUUGAAUUCACCUGAUAGAGAAGUCAACCAACAUAUUCGUAUCAUCUAUUCUUCAACUGUUAAAAAAGAAUGUGAAAAGUCAAAAGGUGUUGGAAAAUUCCUGUUUCCAUUUCAUUAUGCCAAUGCUAAGAAUAAAAAAGUUAAGGAAGAGAAUAAUGGCCUUGUCUUUUGGAAAAGCAAAGAGCCUAGAAGUCCGAAUGAAUCCUCUCUCAGGUACUGCCUGGAGAGCAGCACGCCGUCCAAGGACUCAACUCUCUGUCCUUCCCCAAACUUCAAGAAGCUGUCCCUUCGUGGCCAAGGUGCCUUUCAACCCUUGCCUUCUCCCUCCAGGAGGAGCUGUCAGUCCACACCAGCUACUGGCAAGGCCAUCAGCAAGACUUCUUGCACCACAAACACAAAAAAACCCCAAGACUUUGCAGCUCACAAAGAUUCUGUAUGUGAAAUCCCUUUCAAGUGCAAUGGGAACAAAAAUGAGUUUUAUUUAGAAAAUUCCCUCCUAACAUCCCCUUUACAGAGCAGCACAAACCUGGAGAAAAAGGAGUUGGAACUUCAUUUGUACAUUAUUUCUACCACCUCAUCUAUCUUUCUCCACUUAAAAAGUUCAUGGAACAAUUAUAUUAUUAAAGCUACUCUUUUACAAGAUCCCAUGUACGCUAGUGAGCUCAUUCCUGCUAUUGGAAGUCCGAAGCCAUAUAGAUCUGAGGAGAAAAUUAAGCACUUCAGUCAACUUAAAUCUGAACUUUUUCUUAAAGACAAUACUCUGAGCAAGAUACUUUGUUUAAUUAUGGAGCUUAAAGCAGCAGCCCGGAAAAAUUUCAUCCUGAAAAGGCUGUUCUGGAAAACCAGUGACCUUUUCUAUUUCCUAGUGAACAAACUUCAUGAAUAUUUGCCAGAGUCUAGGGAUAAGAAUGCACGUCAAAAUAAAAGCCAAAGGGCUGAUGAGCUGGUGGUAUGCAUUGAAAUUCUGCAGACCCUAGGACUGAUGUUCAGAGAAACUGAAUCAUCACGUCUGAACACACUGGCAGCUAAGAAGGGAACACUAUUUAAUCUCUUGGAAAUUUUGAUUAGCAAGCCUCAGAUUCCAAAAUCUUGUCCUGUGUUUGAUAUCCAGUUGGCUGAUGCGACUUUAGUUGAUGCUGAGUUACAGAAGCUUAUCCUGGAAUAUACAGAUACAGCUACAGCACUUUUAUAUGAGAUACUUCUUGUCUUUCAACAGGGGAAUCUUGGCUUGGGAUCCACUAAGUUUGCCAUUAGCUGGAUGAUGUCCUUUCUACAAAACUGUCCUCCCAUAGUUACUUUUGUGGCCAGUAUUGUGAAGCAAGUGAUGAAGGGGCUUUCAGCUUCAUUGCAGCUGCUAAGUCCACGCCAAGCAGUUCUGUUGUACCAGCAGUUUUAUAUCCUCAAGAGCUGCCUGCAGUACAGCAAGACCCUAGCUGAGUACAUUAGAAAUGACUACAGAGAAGAAUUCAGGUACUUUAUUCACAUGCCAGCCUUGAAAAAAAGGCUCCCGUUGUGUUACCCUAUUACCCAACCUACCACUCAACUUUUUCAUGAAGUUCUGCAAUUGAUUGAACAGAAGAAACAAUGUGUAAAAUAUUAGUAAGAGUAUAAAAUGCCAACAAGGAAUCAGUUUUAAAAAUGUGUGAGAACCAUUUUUGAUUUAUUUCAUAUAUGGCUAUCUGUGUACCUUGUCAAUGAAGU